AUGACUACUGAUACCUCGAAAAACCCAUACAAAUGGAUCCAGAAAGAGCUUGAGACGUUAGACCCUUACGUCGACUACGAGAACAUCUACCGCCUAGUGACCUGCUACGGCACCAACGACUUUAUCAACAACCUAAUCUACACGCUCAUCUUCCCGAACUUCGUCGUGUGGGAAUGGGGCGCUCGGGUUGUCUGGCGCGAAGACGGCGGCAAAGUAUUCGGCUCAGCAACAGCACGCGUAGAGGAGACGCAAACGAAAAAUGACACCUGGUGGUGGCACGGCCCCAGCGACCCGCGCACGCAGAAGUCGGUCGAGAUCAUCAACCAGCGGCACGCGUACUGGAACAAGAGAUACCCCGGCGACUUCGCCCACAACGAGGACUACGUCUACACGCUUGCCUUCAGCGCCGUCUUCAUGCACCGGCUCCGGCUGCGGCCCGGCCUCUCCGGCGUCCCCGAGAAGGUCAAGAUUGCCAACUACCUGUUCAUGACGGACAUGGGCAAGCUCUUCUACAGCCUCACGCCCGACGGUAGCCACGUUCCCCUCAAAGACUGGCCCGUUGACUUCGACGGCCUCAUCGCUUACUGCGAGAUAGUUGAGAAUGCGGACAAGCCCGGCUCCGACCAGGGCCACAUGAUCGCCUCUGCCAUCUACGAGCAUUUCGCGUUCCGCUGGUUCUCGCCGCCUUUCCGUUGGCUUGGGCGCGCGAUUUCGAAAUCGCUAUCUCUUCCUAGCACGUUGGCGACGCAUCGUAUUCAGCCGCCGAACCCGAUCUUGAAGUGGCUUAUCCUGACCGUGUCUGGCUGGCUCUUGUGGUUGAUGGAGAUGUUCGGCCCGGAUCCGACUGUGGCUUUUUUGCCAGAGUGGGAACAGAUGCCGAAGGAUAAGAUGGCGGAGCGCAAGAAGGAGCAGAAUGGGAUUGAUCGUCGGUUCUCUGAGUAUUUUGCGGCAAUGCCGCAGAAUCAGGGCAUGGGUUGCCCGUUUCAGAUGACCAUGAAGAUGAAGAACUGA